AUGGACCAUCCGCCAUCCAAUUACGGUGACGCGCCGCCCGCAUACCUCAACCACGACACGGGUUCCUAUCUGUCUGACCCUGAGUCUCCGACCAAUGCCUCGCGUCUCAAUGGAGGAACAAUGCGCUUGUUGCCCAGCGGUGACGGCGCCGAUGAUUUAGCCAGUAGUCAUAGGGCUCCUUCGCCUUCGCAUUAUGACCCAGAUUAUGAUCACACUCCUGGUUUCCUUCGCGACGGAACCACGCUCAUCACCAAAUCCAACUCCUUCAUUCGCGUGAUGGACAGGCUGGAAGAGAAAGCUUGCGCCUUGGGCAGUUGCCCGUCAAUGGCAUUGCUACUGGACUCGAGCCAACUCAUUCCAUGCUGCUUGGUUGAUCAUCCUCCCUGUAAACAUUGUACACUUGACCCUCUACUUCGAGGCGAAAUGGAACGUCUUCCAAGACCAAGAUCUAACAUUAGGGGGCGUAAUUCUAGGACCGGACAAGAUCGAAGCUAUGAUCAUUAUUACGAGGUGCCCAGCGUUUCUUCCCCUUCGCGUCCACCAUCUAGCUUGGCUAGUGGACCCAGUAUCCCGCCUCCCACAGCAAGCCUCGCAGACACUUCCGUCUACCCAUCUAUUCCCCCACGCACAGGAUCACCAAUUCGCCCAUGGAGCCCAUCACACAUCCGACCACCGUCCGUGUCAAGUGUUGGAUAUGAACGGGCCGAUAUAAACGGUAGCCCAAGGCCCGGUACACCCAGCUCAAGAUACGGGGGUAGUCCCCGCCGACCAUUGCCUCCUGCGCCUUUGUUCUCGGGACCAAAAUCAACCGUGGAUACCAGCAUCGAUAUUGGUGAUGCCAAUGGCGAAGAUCCAUUCGGUGGUGAUGGCCGCACCAUUCACCACACCUCGCGCGGUAGCGUCCGAUCAUUCAUGAGCGAAUCGACAAUGUUGGGAGACGAGAAAGAUGCCAUGUCAAAAGUUGACCUCGAUGAUGAUGACGACGAUGAAUCGCACGUUCUGGAUCCCAAUCUCCACUAUGGCCCAGCACCCGACAAGCAGGGCCGUCGUGGUGUCCGAUCCAAGCAGGUCGCCAAAAAGGAAGUUCAGCUGGUCAACGGCGAGCUUAUUUUGGAGUGCAAAAUUCCCACCAUCCUCCACAGCUUCCUGCCUCGCCGCGACGAGCGCGAGUUUACCCACAUGCGGUAUACCGCUGUCACGUCCGAUCCGGACGAUUACGGCGAACGGGGAUAUAAGCUUCGCCAGCAGAUUGGUAGCACGACUCGCGAGACAGAGCUGUUUAUUUGCAUCACCAUGUACAACGAAGAUGAGAUUGGCUUCACCCGUACCAUGCACGGUGUUAUGCGGAAUAUCAGCCACUUCUGCUCUCGCACUAAGUCGCGUACUUGGGGCCGUGAUGGAUGGAAGAAAAUCGUCGUUUGCAUUGUCGCUGAUGGACGUAAGAAGGUCCACCCGCGUACGCUCAAUGCAUUGGCCGCCCUUGGUGUCUACCAGGAGGGUAUUGCGAAGAAUAUUGUCAACCAAAAGGAAGUUCAGGCACACGUGUACGAGUACACCACCCAGGUCUCGCUUGACGAUGAUCUCAAGUUCAAGGGUGCUGAGAAGGGAAUUGUGCCGUGUCAGGUUAUCUUCUGUUUGAAGGAACACAACAAGAAGAAGCUCAACUCCCACCGCUGGUUCUUCAAUGCUUUCGGUCGUGCCCUUCAGCCCAACAUUUGUAUUUUGCUCGACGUUGGAACUAGACCAGAGCCAAUGGCUCUCUACCAUUUGUGGAAGGCAUUCGACCAGGACUCCAAUGUUGCCGGUGCUGCUGGUGAGAUCAAGGCUGCUAAGGGUAAGAACAUGCUCGGUCUGCUCAACCCUCUCGUGGCAAGUCAGAACUUCGAAUACAAGAUGUCCAACAUUCUCGACAAGCCGCUUGAAUCGGUCUUCGGUUACAUUACUGUGUUGCCUGGUGCGCUUAGUGCUUAUCGAUUCUUUGCCCUGCAAAACGACGCAGAUGGCCAUGGUCCCCUCAACCAAUAUUUCAAGGGUGAAACUCUCCACGGUCAAGAUGCAGAUGUUUUCACUGCCAAUAUGUACCUGGCUGAAGAUCGUAUUCUUUGCUGGGAGUUGGUUGCCAAGCGGGAAGAGAGAUGGGUGUUGAAGUUUGUUAAGAGCGCUGUUGGAGAAACGGAUGUGCCGGACUCGGUUCCUGAAUUCAUCUCCCAGCGCCGAAGAUGGCUGAACGGUGCCUUCUUCGCCGCUGUGUACUCGAUUUUCAAUGCCAAGCAGAUCUGGAAGACGGAUCAUACUCUUUCCCGGAAGAUCUUGCUUCACAUCGAGUUCUUUUAUCAAUUCCUUAAUCUGCUGUUUACUUACUUUGGUCUGGCCAAUUUCUACCUCGCUUUCUACUUCAUUGCUGGCUCUUUGACUGAUGAGAAGCUUGAUCCGUUCGGUCACCACAUGGGCAAAUACAUUUUCAUUGUUUUGCGCUAUGCUUGUAUCCUGGUUAUGUGUUUGCAGUUCAUCAUCUCGUUGGGUAAUCGACCGCAAGGUGCCAAAAAUCUCUAUCUCUCUGGUAUCAUUGUCUACGCCAUUAUCAUGUUCUACACUGUCUUCUGUGCCCUCUACUUGGUGGUCAAAGAGUUACUCGCCCGGGCUGGCAUCGGAGGCGAUGAUAUGGAGGUCGGGGACGGCCUAAUGAUGAACAUCGUAAUUUCCAUGUUGUCAACUGUCGGCCUCUACUUCUACACCUCGUUCCUCUAUCUGGACCCGUGGCACAUGUUUACCUCUUCGAUUCAAUACUUCCUCCUCAUGCCAAGCUACAUCUGCAUCCUCCAAGUCUACGCCUUCUGCAACACCCACGACGUAACCUGGGGAACGAAAGGUGACAACGUGAUCAACACUGACCUCGGCGCAGCAAAGACCAUCAAUGGCUCAACUGUCGUCAUCGAAAUGCCCUCCGAACAACUCGAUAUUGACUCCGGCUACGACGCGGCCCUUCGCAACCUCCGCGAUCGCCUCGAGGUUCCAGAGCCCCCGCCAUCAGACUCCCAGAUGCAAGAGGACUACUACCGCGCCGUCCGUACUUACAUGGUAUCCAUCUGGAUGGUCGCAAACGUAAUCCUCGGCAUGGCUGUGUCCGAAAUCUACGGUGUUGACGCCGGUGGUACAAACAUCUACCUCGCUAUCAUCUUGUGGUCUGUCGCUGUACUAGCCGCUAUUCGUGCUAUUGGUUCUACUACCUAUGCUAUCUUGAAUGUCGUUCAGAAAAUAGUUGAAGGAAAGACGAAGUUCGAUGCGGGUAAUAUGACAAACUUUGCCCCCAGCGCUUUCGGUGGUUCGAGUGCAGCUGCUUCCUCUGAGUCUGGGGCGGCCUCCUCCCGUCCAGUGCGCUAUGGCGGCGGUGCGUCCUUCAAGGAUAAACUUGCUGAGGCUCGCUGGACUGCUGGCAGGACCAUUGGAAAAGCUAUGUUCUGGCGCAAGUAG